UUAGGAUUAGCUCCUUGUUAAUGGGAAGGGAGUCCUUGACCUGCUCUGAGUCCUUCCGCGUUGUAUAUAAGCCGCGGUCUCCUUGGGACCGACACCAGAUUCUUCUUCACCUUCCACAGAACCACACGCAGUUUGCUUUACAGUUUCCACCAACAUCAUGAAUUCUCGCGUGUUCUUGGGUCUCUUCCUGUGCGGCCUCUGGGCCUCUUCCGAGUCUCUCGUCCUCUUGGGGACCACCGCCGCCCUCGGUACUGUCGCCGCCACCACAGUUACCGCUUCUGCAGCGGCAGCUUUGGGCGUGGGGGCGCUGGCGGUGCUCAAGGGAGUGCUCGUAGGGAAGCAUCUGAAGCGCCGCCGUUACGGAAGGGACGUCGAUUCUGUGGAAGACGUUGUUGAAGACGAUGCAGAAGACGAUGCAGUUAAAGUUGCCGUGGCCCAGCAGAUGGAUUCAGCUGGUUGCGUGGCCAAGCUCUUGUGCGAAAUUGAGGCCAUGUCCGCUGACCAGCUCACUCCUUCUAUGUCCUCAUUCAAGACUGCUUUCGAGAACAACGACAACCUCAAGACCGCUCGAGGCGUGUACGAUCUGGCCAUCAAUUUCGGAUCCAAGUUCGCCAAGAAGGACUCGAAGGCCUGCAGUGCCCUCUUCGACAAGUGCGUCCUCUCCAGGGAGGACCUCUCCUUCAUGCUGGAUUCCACCUUUUCUUGCCAGCCUUAAAAGCCUUUUCACAUACACUCUAGUGAGCUUCCUCCAUGCGUCGACGUAGCACAGUCUCCGUCACCAGAAAUGUUGCAGACGGAGGCUUGAAGUGACAUGGUAGCUGUCAGACAAAUGACUGACUGGACCAUAUCGAUAAAUCCUCCUUCCAAAUAACUUAUGCUGCUAUAUUUAUUUAUUUAUUCAUACAUUUCAUACGAAAUAAAAUAAACAAUCGUGA